AUGGCUGCUGCAAACAUCAUUGUUUUAAUUUUUUUGACGUCCACCAUCGUCUCUGCUGGACUCAGCUGCCCUGAGCUGUGCGUCUGCUCAGAUAAACAUGGUCGGCACUUCGUUGAAUGCUCCAACAAACACUUAGCUGAAGUCCCAGGUGGUUUACCUGCAAAUGUUACGACUCUGAGUCUGUCCUCUAACCGGAUCAGUGUAAUACCGCUGGGCAGCUUUGAUAAUGUGACCAAGGUGACGUCUCUGUGGAUGGCCUACAACGAGAUUGUCUCCAUCCAACAAGGGAGCCUCGUACCAUUGGUUCAUCUGCGCAAUUUUGACAUCAGCCACAAUGGAAUUGUAGACUUCCCCUGGGGGGAUCUGCAGAAGCUCCCAGCUCUGCAGCUCCUGAAGAUGAAUCACAACAAGAUGUCCAACCUGCCCAGAGAUGCCUUCUCCAACCUCAAAGACCUGAGGUCCCUUCGACUCAACGAUAACGAGUUUGUAACUUUAGCUGAAGGAACGUUUGACGGUUUGGUAUCUUUGUCACAUGUGCAAAUUUACAACAAUCCUUUUGCAUGUACCUGUUCCUUGGACUGGCUUCGAGACUGGAUUUUAACAACUAUCGUCCCGGUUCUGGAUCAGAGCUUGAUCAGUUGUGCAACUCCUGAAAAGCUCAAAGGGGAACUAAUUGUAAAACUGCCUACGUCAAAGUGCACAAGCCCAAAUGUGACAAUACAAACUGAGCCAAAUACUCAUAUGGCAAGUCUCUAUGAGGACGGUGCGCUGGUUCUGACUUGUGAGUUUAAAGGAAACCCAAAGCCAGUUGUGAUAUGGAACAUUCACAGCAAAAGACAGAAGCAGGAGGUGGUUUUGUCCGUCAGUGAAGAGACAUCUGCAGGGUCUAAUGAGAACUCUGAAAACUCUGUUCAAGUCUUUAAUAACGGGACUCUUUUUAUUUCAAACAUCAGGCAAGAAGAUGCCGGAAACUACAGCUGCUUUGCCACAAAUGAGAUAGGUAGAGCUGAGGAUACGGUGUUUGUGAAAGUGAUACCACGUCCAAAACCAAAACCCAUAAAACUAAUGACCACAAUAUUCACUUUCACAAAAACAAACCCCUCUAGACGCAAACAAACAGACAACAUGUCCCUUUUUGAUUUUGAUUCAAAUAGAAAAGACACUCAGAUAGACAUACCCACCUUGGCUCCCACUACAGAAAGCAUCAUGUCCAAAUAUUUUGAAGAAGCAAGAGUUCUGUCACGAUCCAGUAAAUGUGGCUUGACAGCGAACACCAAGAACCUCUCCAAUCAUGUCCUCAACGAGAGCCUGGAUGACAUGAAGCAGUACGUGUUUGACUUUGGUGUCAUAGCUUUAGGUGUGUCAGAAACAGAAGCAACGGUGCAUCUCAGUCCUCUCUUAGUACCCAAAGACAGGAGCACCAACCAAGGUGCCCCUACCACAUCCAACAGCUUUCAGACUGACAGUGAGGAGAGCGUUGACUUCCCUGAUGUCUUCAAUAAAGUUCAUUCAAACGGUUUGUAUCUGUGCAUCGCUGUAGAUGGCAAACACUCUGCCGUGCAGUGGUCCCAAAUCAAGGAAGGCAUCAACGCGUAUCUGUUCAGUGGUUUACAACCUGGCACCAACUACUCCCUGUGUCUGACCUACAGAGGGGAAGACUGUGAGGUCCAAGUCCUAUUUGCUACCAGAAAGAGGGUCCCAAACCUGCUGAUUAUCAUCUCUGUCAGCAUCUGCCUCCUCACGGUGUCCACCGUGCCUCUGCUCGGCGCAACAUGCUUCCACCUGGUGUAUAAGUACCGAAGCAAGACCUACAAGUUGAUCCUAAAGGCCAAAGACCAGUACCAUACAGAGAGGAACCUGAACUUAACCUUGUCGCUGCGCACUGAGUCUCGGAAGAAGAUCACUGAAGAGGAUGGGACUACGGAGAGCGCAAACGAUGCGGAGAAAGAGGCCGAUACAGAGGAGAGUGUUGUGACGGAGUCUGUAUCUAUGUCUCACUGCAGGUAUAACCCAGAAGACUGUGAGGUGGGCUCUGAGUACAGCGACAAGUUACCUUUAGGAGCUGAAGCCAUGAAUAUUACCAGCAACUACAAAUAUCCUAAUGACUAA